AUGAACCACACUACGCCCUCCCCGAGUCCAAUCCCCAAAGCCUCGAGACCUUCCGCCUCGCCAAAUGCCGGUACAAAGCGAAAGAGAAACGCGGCCAAAUACUAUGCCGUGAAGAAAGGUCAUAAACCCGGAAUAUACGCGGGAUGGAACGACUGUUUGGCUCAAGUAACCGGGUUCAAAGGGGCAAUCUUCCAAUCAUUCCCCACUGAAGAAGCAGCCGACGCCUUUAUGAAGGGCGUGAAGCCCGUAACUGCAGACGGCUCCGAUGGUACACGAUUCUAUGGAAUCCAAAGAGGACGGAUCCCUGGGGUAUACACAGAUUGGACCAAAGCGCAAGAACAGAUUCGCGGGGUUCAGCGACCUCGGUAUCGCAAGUUCUCAUCGCGCAAAGAGGCCGAAGAAUUUGUACGAGAAGGACGGACCGAGGGCGCUUCGUUCGGGGUGGCACAGGGUCCAGCUGCGCCCAGUGGGACCAUGAAUGAAAUACCUAAAAACGCAGAUGGCAUUGAGUUCGCACCCGGUGACGCACCAUUACCCCCAGGGGCCGAGGAUGGGUUUGACCCCAAUGUUCUCCUGGACCCGACGACAGGAAAAGUGGUUUACAAGACGGCUCCCCAGAAGGAAGCGACCAAGUCUCAAACAACGGGGAUCCCCGGGACGCUGCGCAUAUACACCGAUGGGAGUUCAUUACGGAAUGGGACGCCGUUAGCAUCCGCGGGAGUUGGGGUAUACUUUGGUCCUGGCGAUUCAAGAAACGUCUCCGAGCCACUGAAAGGCAGUCGUCAGACCAACCAGCGCGCCGAGCUGACAGCGAUCCUCCGGGCGAUCGAUAUUGCGCCUCGACAUCGCCAUGUCACCAUUGUCACCGAUAGUCGAUAUGCGAUUGAUUGUGUGACGGUGUGGUUUGUCAAUUGGCGGCGCAACAACUGGAUGACCCGCGACAACAAGCCGGUUGAGAACAAAGACCUGGUCGAGUCGAUCCUGGUCAAAAUCGAGGAGCGCAAUGACCUCAAGGUUCGGACUGUGUUUGAAUGGGUCAAGGGCCACAACAAGGAUCAUGGCAAUGAGGAGGCCGACAAGUUGGCAGUCAAUGGUGCCCAACGCGGUGUCUCUGCAAAGACCGAGGCGCUGGAAGUCGCCCAACAGGUGCCCGAGUUCUUUGAUGAGGAUUUUUAG